AUGGACCCUACCGCAUUCAGUUUUGAUUCCACCAGCAACGAUUCCACGAUAUUUGACCAAGUUUUAAAUCAGGCGGAGAAGGAACUACUCCACAUGUCUCCUUCGCUGGACAUUUCUACAUUGGAUUUUCUCAUACUGCCAGGGGGUAUCUCAGAUAUGUUCCGCGCAGAGAACCUAGAAUAUCUCGCUUAUUUCACGAGCACAAAAGGGAUGUCAAGCUUCACCGACCAGGCAUCAUUUUCAAGACGACAGAAAAUUAUAUCUGAGGCCUAUGAAAGGAAGCUUCGAAACGAAACAUUAAAUACGAAACUUUCUAAAACGGGGAACAAGAAAAUCCAAAAAAGCCCAAUAAAAUGGACACCAGACCCACUCAGCUUGAGAUCAAAUGAGAUUGUUGGGCUGAUGAGAUCUGUGAUAUCAAACAAGAAGAAUGAUGAGAUUAUCAAGCUUGAAUGGUCACCCCAGGUUCAGCAUCUGUGUUCGUACUUCUUCUCGCCUCGGAACAUUCGACGUUUUCUAGAGUACUUCUGGUCUCUCUGGUAUCCGCAUUGUCCAAUAGUUCACAAGCCAUUGUUUGAUACAUCCUCGGUGCUUACGCCAUUAUUAUGCGUUAUGGUUGUGAUAGGGGCAUGUUUGUCUCCAUACAAAGAGGAACCGGAGAUCUCCAGAACCUGGAUCGACAGCAUAGAAGAGCUGGUUUUCUCGAAUGAAUGCUUUGGUAGUGAUGCGAAACCGUUCCAAGAUGAUGAAAAUUCCAAGAAGGAAAGAGUUCAAUAUAUUCAAGCAUCUUAUUUGGUUUGCUCACUUCAGAAGCGUGAGGGGACCGAGGAGGCACAAGCAAGAAUGCGACGAUUUCGGCAUGUAUCAAUGGUUGCUCUUGCGAGACGGAUUGGACCCAAAGCAGCAUCUCACCGCCACCUAGGCCUACAAAAGCCAUCGGAGUCAUGGUGGAGACAAUUUGCACAGGAAGAGGAGUUGAUUCGGACUAUUAUUUUUAUUUUCCUGAUUGACGCCGCUCUCACGAUACUUCAUAAUUCUCCGCCUCGGAUGGUCGUUCUAGAACUGAAAAUGGACGUUGCUUGCCCCGAGGCUUGUUUUCAGGCCGAAUCCGCAAAUGACUGUUUCGAAGCUCUACAGCCGUGGGCGUCGAGUCGGUUUGGGGCCAAGCGCUUGUCCAUAGUUUCUGCUCUCCACAAUUCGCUUGUCUUCGAGUCAACAUUAGCUCCGAUUCAGACGGGAUUGAAAAAUUGGCGACGUAUCUGGGACGAAAGGGUCGCAGAGGAUGCUGAGUUAUCCGACACACCCGAAAAUAUGUGGAAGCAAGUUGGGUUUCUGCAACAGGCCUCUGAAUUCUGGCAGCUGGCUCGAAUCAUGGCAGACAAGAUUAUGUCAACAAGUCAUGAUGAGGAUGAUAAUGCUGCGGAAGUUUCUGAACCUAGAUAUGAUCACACGGACAUGGGGUAUGUGAACGAGUUGAUUAUGGAGUACCGAAAAUUAAAUCUCGGUGUGAACUAG